AUGUCUUCCACCACUUGCAGAAAAAGCAUCGACAGCACCAUGUCCCACUUCACACUAAGCAUGGGCAAGGCCUCUGUCCAAAACAACGUCUCCCUCUGGACAACCCUCUCCCAAUGCUACGCCGAAAUCGCAAAGACCUUCGCCAUCCAAGACGCAGAGGGCAUCCUCUCCACCCCAGACAGCAUCUCCAAGGUCGUCCACGCAACCUUUGACCACGACGUCCACGGCCUCAUCGAGCAGCACUCCUCCUCCAUGGCCAGCUACCUCGACGACGCCACAAAGGCGCACAUGCUCGCCCAGGCUAUCGCCGGCAUGGUCGCCUUCUUCCAGAAACUCGCCGCGCACCACCAGGGCCCCGUCACGCAGGCCAGCUUCGACCGCGAGGUCCAGCGCUUCGCAGAGUGCGAGCUCCGCUCCGCCAUGAUCCGCACCAUUGAGGAGAGCCGCAUCUUUGGGCGCUGCUACACGACCAGCCAGAUUGCCGACCUCAUCAUGGGCGCCGUCGAGGGUAAAGUCAACGACGCGGAGUUUACGUCCGAGGACGAGUACCAGAACGCUAUUGGCUGGGCGACCGAGUUGCCCGCGCGCAACAUGGGUUUGCCGUGGGGCUUUUCCAUUAUGGCCCUCAACUAA